AUGUACGAGUUGCUGCUGUACGGACAGGUCCCUGUUGGUCGCCAUGAGCAAGUGCUGAAGAUUCUUGCGGGGGUUGCGGCCAUGCAGCCCCUUCGCAUCCUCGAGCGAUGCAUCAUCUACAAGCCCCAGCGUGAGCCUGAGGAGCCCGGCUUGAACGUUCGCCGGGGAGGCACUCAAAACAUUGCUCUAAAACAGGGCAACAAGCCCGCAACUGCUGCCGCUGCUCUUUACUACACCAAGCUCAUACAGAAACUGUCCGAGGAUGACUUCGGUGUUGAGCAUGGCAAGCCAUUGUCUGCUGACGUGAAGGACGGCGAAGAGGCUAAGUGGUCGAUGAGAUGGGAAGACCAGCCAGACACUGGCGACAGAGGGGUAUCGAUCCGGUUCACAAACACAACAGACCUGCUCUCCGGUGACCCUCACGCCCACAUGAUUGCUACGGGACCCAACCGCUUCGUCACCGAGUACUAUGUUGAAGGACAUCGCUUUGUCCACGGAAACGUCAUCAUCUUUCUGCAUCGCGUCCUCCAUGAGCCCGGCGUUCGCAGUCUCGAAGUAGCUCCCAAGACCCAGCUGCCAGAUUUCGCUGCACUGCAGCUCCUCGACAUGAGCGGCGCAUACAUACUCGAGGUGAAACUGCGAGUGCAGGAUUUCAAAGAUGCAGCGACACUGGAGAGUGGGGUCAACGAGCUGAAGGGCUUUCAAAAGCAGAUGGCGGGCUGCGUGGAACUGUCAUUGCCGGAUCGCCUGUCGCUCGAUACGCGCGUCAAGUACAAACCUCCGCAUGCUGGCGCUGCCCCAGCACAAAAUCGCCCUCGCUGAACACAUCGGUGUCGUGGUGUAACGUGUGGUUAGCACGAAGCGUUGUUGGCGAAAGACGCCUGGUGCGACCGAGACAGGUUGCGUAGGACAAGUACAGCACAGUACAUAUGCGAGGAGGCAAUCUUGACUGCUGCUACACUCUCGCUCGGCUGCUACCCAGGCUCUGAAGGGAAUACAUCCGGGGCAGUGGCAGUCCCAUGGACUAGACACUAGGGUCGGCGAAAGGCUCAGAUCAAAGGAAGACGACAGUCGGGAGCGGGCAUAGCAAUGGAAGUCCUGAGCCUGUCCAAGGGCGCAUGCUGAAGAUCGAAGUAGAUCGCUUCGUGGAAUUCCAAUGCCAAUCUUAUUCUCGCUCGCCCG